AUGUCGGUGGAGCCUCCCGUCCUGUUCCAUCUCUGUCACCACCCCAAGUACCAUGCAGAUCUGCCAGAGUAUCUUACUUAUCCCACUUUGUAUCGCCACACUCAAUACAUGAUGGCCGCGCGUCAGAAAGGUCGAAUUGAGUUUGUUACGCAGCCAUCCUCCUGGUUUCUCUCGUCAAGCAUUGACGAAGCAGCCCAUAGAGUCGAAGACCAGUUGGGCUCUUCUCGGUCGUCAACGACGGAAAUCUCCAUCACCAUCGUAUUCUCAUUUGCUUCCCUUUCAUAUUUGGCACCCUAUCAGCUGCAGUCACAUGAGUCCGGUAUGGUGGCAAGAGCUGAGUUGCCGCGGAUGUGCUACUCAGUACCUCAUAUGAGAUGCCAAACCCACCCUGUAUAUAAGUCUCCCGCCUCAUACAAAUCUCACUUUUUGGGUGGUACGUUGUGGCUGCUCAUCUCAUCAAUUUCUGGAACGCAAAAUCCAUGGCAAUUCUUCAAGAGACAAAGAGUCGACUCAUUCCCUUUGUCGUGGUAUGGAAAACAUGCAUCUUCAGAUUUGCGGCAAAAUGUCACUUCACUCCCUGACAAAGCCAAGUACAUGAGAAGAAGAAAUAGGUUCGAUGAGACAAGAGGAGAGAAGAAGCGCCGUCAAACAUCCGACGAUGCAUUCUUCAACUCAAUUUCAGACGCCUCGCAUAUCGCUAGCAACAACAACGGACACUCAUUCCUGGAGGGGAGGGACAACUUCAACAUGGACCAAUGCAGGAACAGUGGCCCUCGAGUACGUACCUCUACCAGCAACGAGCAGAUGCGCCGCAGCUUAAGCAACUGGGAAGCAACGACGCGCCUCAAAAAUCGUCAUAACCCCCGGCGAUCCAUCAACGACCGCCCCUUCUCUCCGCCUUCCAAGUUCCACCCCAAUUCCAUCAUCAAUUUCUUCUUCGCCAAAGUUGCGCAAAUCUGUUCAACAUCGUCGCAGCCGCAUCAUAGUCUCGGCAUCGUAUCUACUUAA